GGGUGAUGGCUUUUAUUGCGACUGUAGGUAAUUUACUAGUUCUUUUUGGGCGAUACUUCUACAAAUCACGCAGCAACGUAGAACAUUCACUUUACUUGCGUCAUUUGGCGGCCAGUGAUUUCCUGAUGGGAGUUUACUUAACGAUAAUUGCCUGUACUGACAUUAGUUAUCGUGGCGAAUAUAUUGUACAUGAGCAAGACUGGCGGCAAAGUCACUUGUGCGCCUUUUCGGGUUUUUUAAGUACAUUUAGUUGCCAGUCAUCAACUUUAUUACUGACACUAGUGACAUGGGAUCGUCUGAUGUCAAUAAUGCGACCGCUGAAACCACGUGAUAUUGGAAAAACCGGAAUUGCUUUGCGUUUAACACUUCUAUGGGGCGUAUCAUUCUUUCUGGCUGCUGCACCGCUCUUCCCGCUCAGUUAUUUUGGACAACAUUUUUAUGGCACCAAUGGCGUUUGUCUAUCGCUGCACAUACAUGACCCCUACGCAAAGGGUUGGGAAUAUUCUGCAAUUUUAUUUAUAUGCAUUAACACUUGCUCAUUAAUUUUUAUUUUGAUCUCAUAUGUGCGUAUGUUGCAAGCUAUAAAAGAUUCUGGAGGUUGCAUGCGAAGCACAUUAAGUGGACGUGAAAAUGUAGUGGCAACCAGAUUCGCCAUUAUUGUAACCACAGACUGCGCUUGUUGGUUACCAAUUAUUAUAGUCAAAUUAGCAGCACUUUCAGGAUGUGAAAUUUCACCAGCAACAUAUGCUUGGCUAGCAGUACUUGUGCUACCUGUGAAUUCUGCCUUAAAUCCUAUCCUCUAUACCCUCACCACUGCUGCUUUCAAGCAACAACUACGACGUUACUGUCCUACUUUGCCGACUUGUUCAUUUAUUACUGAAACUCGUUCGCAAACACAGACCGGGUAUGAGUCUGGUCUCAGCUUAAGCUUGAGCCAUUUUGGUAACAAUAGUUCUGGACGCAAGCGGUUUAUGCCGCGCCGCAUGAAUUAUGUAUGAGAUCGACGGAGAAUCAGUUGGCCUGAGACUGAGUUGUAGUACAAAUAUCACAACGACAA